AUGAUUUCUUUCUCUCUUGACUUUUGGUUCAAAAACAGGGAUGUUGUGGAAACACAAGACCAUUAUAAGAGCAGGUGGCGAUCCAUCUGGAUUAUGUAUCUUACUAUGUUUCUCAGCAGUGUAGGUUUCUCAAUUGUAAUUAUGUCUGUGUGGCCAUAUCUCCAAAAGAUUGAUCCGACAGCAGACGCCAGUUUCUUGGGCUGGAUUAUAGCUUCAUACAGCAUUGGCCAAAUGGCUGCCUCUCCCCUGUUUGGCUUGUGGUCCAAUUACAGGCCAAGGAGAGAACCUCUCGUUGUUUCAACUGCUAUUUCAGUAGCUGCUAAUUGUCUUUAUGCCUACGUCCAUGUACCUCAUUCACACAACAAAUACUACAUGCUGACUGCACGUGCCCUUGUGGGAUUUGGAGCAGGAAACGUGGCUGUAGUUCGAUCGUAUAUUGCGGGUGCCACUUCUCUCACGGAAAGAACAAGCGCCAUGGCCAACACCAGUGCCUGCCAAGCUGUUGGCUUCAUAUUAGGACCAGUUUUUCAGACAUGUUUUACACUUAUUGGAGAAGAAGGAAUAACGUGGAAAUUAGUGCAUCUUCAGCUGAAUAUGUAUACGGCACCAGUUUUAUUUGGAGCUCUCUUAGGAGUUAUUAAUAUUAUUCUCAUCUUCGCCAUAUUCAGAGAGCAUCGAGUGGAUGACAUGGGACGGCAAUGCAAAAGUAUCAAUUUUGAAGGAGAAGGAAGUGGUGUUCUGGAUCAGGAUGCAGAAGGAAAUGUUGACCAUGUUGCUGUGGUAGCAAUCAAUUUUCUUUUCUUUGUCAUCUUAUUUGUGUUUGCUGUCUUUGAAACAAUAGCUACUCCAUUGACGAUGGAUAUGUAUUCCUGGACCAGGAAAGAAGCUGUUUUUUAUAAUGGAAUAAUCCUUAGUGUGGUUGGCAUUGAAUCAGUUAUUGUUUUCAUGGUGGUUAAAACGCUAUCUAAAAGGACUGGUGAGCGUGCCAUACUCCAUGGAGGCUUACUGAUUGUCUUGGUUGGAUUCUUUAUCUUACUGCCUUGGGGGAAGAAACUACCAAAUAUCCAGUGGCAAGAAAUAAAGAACGACUCCAUUCCCAUUCCCAGAACAGCUUCCACUGAAAUGUUAAUGCCUUUCUGGAGUUUGCAAGCAAUGCAGCUUCCAUCCAACCACACAGUGGAACCCGUAGGCUGCCCUGUCACACAGUCCUGGUGCCUGAAUACUCCUAUGAUAUAUCUGGCCCAGUAUAUCACCUCCGACAUACUAAUAGGAUUGGGCUAUCCAGUUUGUAAUGUCAUGUCCUACACUUUAUACUCAAAAAUUCUAGGACCAAAGCCUCAGGGUGUCUACAUGGGAUGGUUAACUGCCUCUGGAAGUGGAGCACGAAUACUUGGGCCUGUUUUUGUGAGCCAAGUAUACACUCACCUGGGACCACGUUGGGCAUUUAGCUUAAUCUGUGGAGUAGUUAUAGUCUCACUCUUACUCUUGGAGAUAGUAUACAAGAGACUAAUUGCAUUUUCUGUCAGAUACGGAAGGAUGCAAGAAGAGAAUUGUUAAACAUGUAUUUAAAAAAAAAAGUAAAACCAACCAGAAAUAAUACUUUAGUUUAUCACUACUUUUUAAUGAGGGGUACCUAACCACUGACGUUGUUGG